GAUGUUCAGGAGUACAGGAGGAGGAGAAGGGAACGGAUUGCUAACCGAGCUAGCCGGAUCCCUCCCGAUUAGAGAAACACGGCUGAACGUGGUCAUGUUGCACACGGUAGGCUUGGAUUAUCUGCCUCGCUGCUGAACGGGGGAGGGGGGGGUGGGGGGCAAAAGAGACUCUUUAACGGACUAUCUAAGCCGGUUCGUGAGGAUUUUCAAAAUCUGAGCCCGAAGCGAGUGAACGUUAGCUGGCCUAGCCGAACUCGGGAGCUCGUCUCCCAAAAACAAGAAUGGGGUCUAGGUCCAGUCGGAUUAGCUCGCUAGUAAAGUGACCUUUGAUUGUGUUCUUUUGAUGGCGAAUUUCACGAACUACCAGGAAGGUAAGGCGGCGAUGUUGAUGGUGGAGACGGCCGCGGCGACCGCAAACGGGGACGGCUCGGUCGGGGAACCCCCUUCCCCGUUAAUUAAUAUCAGCGGCGGUGCAGGAGGAGGAGGCGGCGGCGGCGGCUCUCGGUUCCAUCUACCGCCCUCAAACCACCUCCACCAUCAACACCUCAGCCACCAUCAACCACAACAGCACCACCACUACCAGCUGGCGCCGCAGCAGCAGCAUCUUUCCGGGGAAAACAUCGCCGAGUCCCCCGGCAGGAAAGCCUCCUCCUCGGUGCUCGGCCAGGUACACGCCGCUGAGGACCCCGCCGCUGCCGCGUCUCCUGCCGCUUGCAGCAGCAGCGGCGGCGGCGGCGGCAGCAGCAGCGGCGGCCAUGUAUACGCCGCUGUGAAUGUCGUCAAUACCUCGGACGUUGGGGAUGAUAUUCGCAAAUUUGGCUAUUUGAGAAAGCAAAAACAUGGACACAAGCGGUUUUUCGUGCUCAGGGCGGCCAGUCACCUCGGGCCGAGCCGCCUGGAGUACUACGACAGCGAGAAGAAAUUCAGGAACUGUCUGCGCUCUGCUGCUGCGGCCGCCGCCAGCGGUGGAGCGGUCGCCCCUUCUCCUCCGAAAAGGGUUAUUUACCUCUCCCAGUGCUUCACGGUGAACAAAAGGGCGGAUUCUAAAAACAAACACCUCAUUGCCCUUUACACUAAGGACGAGUAUUUUGCUAUUGUGGCUGAAAACGAGCAGGAGCAAGAGGACUGGUACGUGGCUGUCAGUGAGCUUAUGAGUGAGGGUAAAAAAGGGCACUUGGAUUCGGAUGAUUUAGAUGAUGGAUACGGUACUGUAACUCCUGGUACUGUGUUUAAAGAGGUGUGGCAGGUGAAUGUGAAACCUAAAGGACUGGGUCAAACGAAAAACCUCACAGGUGUUUACCGGCUAUGCCUCUCAACAAAAACCCUUCACCUCGUAAAGUUGAACUCUGAAACCCCCUGUGUUAACCUUCAGCUGAUGAACAUCAGACGCUGUGGACAUUCUGAAAGCUUUUUCUUCAUCGAGGUGGGUCGCUCCUCCUCCAUCGGGCCCGGGGAGAUAUGGAUGCAGGUGGACGAUUCUGUCGUGGCCCAAAACAUGCACGAGACUAUCUUGGAGACGAUGAAAGCCCUGAAAGCUUUUGCGGAGUUCAGACCGAGGAGUAAGAGCCAAUCAUCAGGCUCCAACCCGAUGCCGUUCAUCACAACGCGGCGCCACCUUGGCAACCUGCCACCGAGCCAGACUGGACUGCAGCGGAGGUCGAGAACGGAGUCUGUCGUUGGCACGCCGCCUUCGAGUAAAAGCUCCGGCGCCAGUGGUUACCGCUUCCGAACAUCCAGCGAGGGCGAGGGGACGAUGAAUCGCCCGUUCCGCUCCGCCACCGGAAGCCUGGUCCACCUCAACUCCACACGUGCCCAUCACGGUCGACAGGACGGGGUGGGAAGCGGCGGCGGAGGCGGCGUGGCUACAGGGAAUGCCGGCACCAGCACCGGAAGCGGACGCUACGUCAGAGCCAUCCCCGGCACGUCAUCCACCUACCACGCCCGCUCCGCCUCUCUGCCGGUCUCCCACUUCCCUUCCACCACCAGCCCGGUGAGCGUCUCCUCCAGCAGCGGACACGGUUCGGUCUCCGACACCCUCACGCGCCCCUCGAGUGCCUCGAUAUGUGGCUCGCCAUCGGACGGCGGCUUCAACUCCUCCGACGAAUACGGCUCCAGUCCCGGUGACUUCCGAUACUUCCGGGUGAGGAGUAACACGCCGGACUCUCUGGGCAACACCCCACCAAUCAGAGAGGAGAACUGUCUGAAUGACUACAUGGCGAUGGGCUGGAACCGGGAGGUCUUUGGCACCGGCGCCGGGUCCGGAAACAACAGCGGAGCUGACACGCCACGUGACGAGAGCACGUCGACGACAGAGGACGAGCGCUUGUCUUCGUCAUCAUCAUCACUAAGGAGGAGGACUCACUCCUUUUCCAGGCCGGCGGGCGGAGCAACCGGUGGUUCUGGAGUGGCGGUUUACCAGAAAAUGACCCAGACCAACUUCUCCUUAGAAGAGGGGUCCGAUAUCGUGUUGCCGUUCGGGAGUGGAUUGCUCCGCGGCGGGCCCUCUUCCUCCUCGUCCUCCCUCCGCUCCGACUACAGCUCCUGCUCCGAGCACAGCCAGCAGAGCCGCCCCUCCACGCUCUCCAGGACGGAGGCCGGCAGCGAGCGGCCGCCCCUCUCCUCCUCCUCCUCCGCCGCCGCCGCCAAGGAAGACAGCGGCUACAUGCCCAUGUUGUGCGGCGUGGCGGCGUCCCCGCGAGACACGCCCACCGACUACAUGCCUAUGCAACCCGGCUCUUACUCCCACUCCCCCCAGUUCCACAGUCCGGCUUUAGGCCCCCGCUCGGCCCACCACCAACCCCAGCUCCAGCCGCAGUCCUCCAGAGACUCCCACGGCUACAUGAUGAUGCUCCCGGGGGGCAGCGGCAGCUCCCCCUCCCCUGGUCACGCCUCCCCCAGCCCUCACAGCAGCUCCAGCAUGGCAGGCGCCGGUGGGAGUGAGAGCAUAGCGGAGAGACCUGAGAACGGAGAGUAUAUGGACAUGUCGUACAGCAGCAGCAGCAGCAGCGGGGGGCGCAAGCUUUCAAACGAAGGGUACUACACAUCCGGCACACCUGAGAGCACCCCGAAGUCUUACAGCCCCUAUUUCUCCCUCCCUCGCUCCUACAAGGCCCCCACCCGAGAGAGAGACGAGAAAGAGUACGGGGAGUAUGUUCCGAUGAGUUCUCCUGCCAAACCUGUCUUUUCAUCAGUCGCCACAGCUUCUUUUUCCACACCUGAGAGAGGCGGGGGUAGUAGUAGCAGCUCCACUCCCUCUCACCCACCCCCACCUUACGGAGCCCACCACACGACUGCAGCAAUGGUCGACAGACGCGUUGUGAGGCCUAACCGCCUCCCCUUGGGCAGGAGAAGCUUUCACGGCCCACUUAGGGUUAGUGAACCCCCCACAGCGUCUGCAGGCACCUCCACCUCUGUCCCCGCAACUGUCAGCUCCUCCGAGGGUCCUUCCAGUCCUGGAGAGUAUAUCAACAUUGAGUUUGGUGAUCACUACCCCCUCCAACAGCAGCCCCCUGCCUACCCCCUCUCCGCUGAAGAUGAAGUACCUGCCCUGGGGUCCGUCGACCACCGUCGCUCUCCUCCUCAGCCCCAAACUCACCAGGACUACAUGAGCGUGGAGGUCGGGGCAGACCAGCGGGACAGCGGCGAAUGUCUGGGUAAAAACCAGUCCCCUCGACCCAGCCUUGUCGCCCCCUGGAACCCGCCCAGUUACAUCAGACCCCUGGCUAGCAAUCCCGGGGCACUGGCCUCCCCGGGAGUCCCUGCAGGGGGUCACUGGAGGUCGAAGGGGGACGACUACACGGACAUGACGUUCAACCUCAGUAGAGGCGAGAGGACUCAAACGAGCCCCACGGCCAUGCUGCAGCACCUCUGCGUCAUCGAGGGGCGAUACGGCCACGCCACCUCCGCCUCUUCCUCGUCCAGUUCCCCUCCUCUUCCUCCGUCGAGCCCCGGCAGGGCGGCAACGCACCAACCGGAACCCAAGGUGGUCCGGGCGGACCCUCAAGGCAGGAGGAGACACAGCUCGGAGACGUUCUCCUCCACUUCCUCUUCUAAUUCAACUCCCUCCGGAGGCGGCCCCUCGUCCUCCUCCACCCACCCCUCGCAGGUCAACCCCUCAGCCCCCAAUGGAUCAUCCUACCUACAGGAGGGACAGGCCUCCAGGUGGGCCAGCUCAGCGUCUUUUGACAGUGUUUGGGUAUCGGUGGAGGGUCUAGGUGACUCCCCAGCCCACCAUGCUCCAACAAGAGCUGUGGAGAUGGGUUCAGCCUCCGGGACCUCAGCAGCAUCCUCCUCCUCCUCCUCCUCGGGGGCCGGAGGAGCCAGAAUGUGCAGGAACAUGUCUGUGGGCUACCAGAACGGCCUGAACUACAUUGCCUUGGAGCUGAGGGAGGAUGGAAGUAACGCGGGAGCCGGAAGCAGCAACGGGAGCUCAUCAGCAGCAGUGGCGGCGGCGGGGACGGUGCCUCUGCCGGAGAACGGAGCCUACGCCAGUAUAGACUUCACCAAAUCUGACGGAGUCACUACAACAACAAAAGACUGAGCGUCGAGACGGUAGAGGUUCUCCACCCUCCUUCUUCUCCUCCUCAUCUCUCCACUCGGGGCACUUGACUCUGCCCGUGACCCUUUGGCCCCCCUCCGCAACUGGUGACUUCUGACCUCCUCGCCGCUCCCCCCUGGAUGCAGAAAACAACAACAACAACAUCAUAACAGAUGACAAAAAAAACGCUUGCAGUUUUUUUUUUUUUUUUUUUUAUGUGUAUUUCAUUUUUUUUUAUUUUGUUUGUGUUUUAUAUGCAUAUCUUGUCCAGUUUUUUAAAAUAAUUUCUCCCUCUCACAAUCGAUGCUGCCAGUUUGCGCUGCUUUUUCCUCCCUCAUGUUAAACAGACUUAUUUGACAGAGGGGGGGAGGGGUCAACAGAACCCUAGAUGGUCUUAUUUUCAAAUGCUUCUCCGUACGGUAUUAAAAAGGGAGGCUGGAUUACUAAGCAAAGGCAUUAUGGUACAGACUUGGAAACUUUUAUAAUGAAUUUAAUUUAAAACAUUAUUUCUUUUAUUAUGAUUUUUUUUACCCCUUGCAUAAUCCAUCCUCUACACGGUACCAAACAGUUAUUACAUUGUUGACAGAGUUGAAUUAGAAAUGUUUUUCUGAAUGGAUUAAACCCUAAAAUGGUACAAGCUCGUGGCUGGAUCCAAUUUAACCCCUGAGUCGACAAGUGGCAUUGCACAAGUACACUGCUUUUCCCCCUCUUCUUGUCUGGAUUAGGUACAGUACACCAGACCAGAACCCUUUGGAUUACAAUUUCUCUUGGCUACUAUUGACAAACAAAGCCAGUUUUGAAAUCCAUCUGGGGAAAAGAGAGAUUUGGUACUUGGCAACAGUCACAGUGGGUAACCCUAAGGCAUUAUUAUUAUUAUCCUCAUAUUCUGUAGCACAUGUCAUUUAUUUUUUGCAAUAGGUACAAAUAUUCUGGUACAUGUCUGUCUGAUGGUACUCUCAAGGCAAAGGGAAGAAAGCCGGCCACUAAUCGAAUGCUGGAAAGUGUAUUUGUCUUAGGUCUGCCUCUUAUUCAAGCAACUACGUCAAACUGAUAUGCUUGAAAGAAUAGUUCGAGAUUUUUGGAAAUACCACAGUCUGUUAUCUUUCUGAGAGUUAGACGAGAAGAUUGAUACCACACAUGUAUGUCUGCAUUAUUUAAAGCUACAGCUAGUAGAUGUUAGCUAUUAGCUUAGCAUACCUUAGCAUAAAGACUGAAAGCAAGGGGAAAGAGCUGGCAAAUCCCUUUGUAAAUUGAUAUUCACAUACUUUGUUUUUUGUACAGGCUAAACAAUUUGCCAUGUAAGAUAUUAAUAUACGAGUUUAACAAUUGCUGAUGCUGAAUUUUGUUGCACUCAGAAAUCUAAGCUGACCCAACUGUGGCUACAAUUACAAUUUUAUUAUUUAAAAGUAGUAAUAAUCUUCUCAUCUCCUCAUUUUGAAAAUACACUAUUCUGUUAUCUUGCUGAGAGUGAGACAAGAAGAUUGAUACCCUAUGUGUCUGCAAUAUUUGGCACUACAGCAAGUUGUGGUUAAGCUUAGCUUAGCUUUACAUAGCUGAGCAUAAGACUUGAUGCACAGGGGAAACCGCUCGCAUGCCUCUGUCAAAAGUAUACAAAACAUCAUCUCUAAAGCUCUCUCAUUAUAGAAGUUAUAUUUUAUAUUUUAGUUUUUUAAAUGCAUUUAAAACCCUAAAUUUAAAAAAAAAAGUGUAUUUACUUUUUUGGGGGGGGGUUAUGUGCUGAAUAAGUCCUAAAAUAAAUAUUGUCCCACAUCACUUUUUAAUUGAUGUUGGUACACUUUUUGGGGCAUUUUGGUGAAUGUUGAUAAAAGUUGUUACCUUCAGAAUUAGAGUAGCUGUAAGCUAUGCUAAGCUAAAACUAGCUGCUAGCUGUAGCUACAGACAAAAUGUUAUCAUACAAUAUUGGUGAACAUCUUCUCAUCUUACAGAAAGAGCAAACAUGCAUUGUUCCAAAAGUGUUGAGCUGUUCUCUUCAAAACAAAACAGCUUGUAGAGGUUUUUUUUAAAAACUCAGCUGCUAACCUCGAUGGAUAAAAAGUUAGUUGACCACUGCUGCAUUAACAUUUCAGUUUUACCUCAUACGGUCCGUAGCACAGUUCAGGUUAGCAGGGCUUUCCAUAAACGAUGGCUAGUCUCUUAAUUACAGCCGGCUGCCUUUUCUCAUUGUUGACUCUAAUAAAUUAGUUCUGACUAACAAGUUGUAAAUUGCUUUUCCUGUACAUUUUUCCCCAAUAUGCCACGCAGACGUUAAACUAAGUUAGGGUGGGGCUACUUUCCAAAUCUGCCCUCUUUUCCAAAUAUGGUCACUUCUGGCUAAACCAAAACAGCAACAUCCUAAACAUGAACCAGUUGGUGAUAUAACUAAGGCCAACCCUGUUUCUUAUCGAGGUUGUCAAUUAUUUCGAUACCACAUAGUUUUAAAACGAUACAAUCUCUCUGUAGUUUUUAAUAAUAGACCUUUCUAACCAAAAGAGAGAAAGCGAGAGAGCACUGCCUUAAUUGUUCAAACACAUUGGCAAAGCAUCAUUACCGAAACAUUGCCAAUGUGUAUGCAAUUUAGGUUGGUAAUAAAACCAAUAUAUUAUCCAAACUUGGUGCCUAGGACUUGAAUUGUGUCGUAUCUAAUUUUAAAAUUCUGGUAUCCGGUGACAACCCUAUUUCUUCUACACAGUCUGUGGCAUAUGAAACAGGUGGGCUGUAGAUUAAUUCAGGAGCUUUUUUGUAGGAGUUAUUUUGUCUCGAGCCUUUUUAGUCCAUAUAAGGGUUGAUCACUAUGUACUGUCUCCACUAUAAUUGUUUGUAUUGUAUUGUUUUUAACAUCUUUCUCUCCAGUGGUGGGCUAAUUCGUAUUAUAGGUAGCACCUGCCGUAAUGUUGUGAUGAUCCCCGUUUAACACACUUCAACAGUUGUUAAUGUCAGAGUAACAGGCCAAUGUCAAACAGGGAGGAAAAGUUGGCUAUUGAAAAUUCCAAGAGCCCCCAAAUCUGGGCUUUUGCAGCCCCCUUAUUUGGCAUCUUUUUCCCCAGUUGUAGACUACUCCAUGUUUAUGGAAAGCCCUGGGUUAGUGAGGGAGAGUUGCGCUAGUUACAUAUGCAUGCAUAAAGCUGCUAAAGAUCAGACAUUGCCCCAUGGAUGCAAACACCAGGCCUAUGUGCAAACAUGGAAACUCUGCAACCUAGUUCAGUGGCAUUCACACACACACACACACGUAUGUCACAAAGACACACGUCACAGUCAUGCGGCAUCGCCCAUGCCUGCUCUCAUAACGCACACUUUCACACACAAGUCACACAGCCCUAUUUAGACGGUAGAGGGUAACUCCUGCGUCGCCUUUCGUUUGGUUCUGUUGGUCAGCGGCUCUGAUAUUUCACAUGCACACACACAGACAUGUAUGCAUGCUGGUGUGGUCGUCAUUGGCCGCGGGUGACGUAGAGAGGGUUUCCAGUAAUCUGAGCUCUAGUCCCAGGUGCACAGUGCUGCUCAUACUUGCCCCCGCGCCCACACACACACACAUCUAUCACAGUUUAAUUCCGAGCUCUCGCGCAGACUGAUACGCCCGUAUUUAGCGUUUCUACUCGCGCUGCUCUCCCAUGACUAUAACCCCCACGCAACUGUUUUCAUGGAAAGAAAAAGUGUUAAAACACAAAGACUGACAGCUAACGUAGCCCACGGAAAGCAUUGUUUUUUUUGUUCAGAAUUCACUCAUCUAAUGCUAUCUUUGCUCUCUUCCUGAUUUUUUUAUUUUUUUUUAUCAACCCACUUUUCUUCUUGGUUUUAAUUUUGUGUUUUUUUGGGGGGGGGCGGUUGAAAGCUUGUCACUCUCACUGUGCUUUUGUGUGGGACUCAUCGUUGUCAGCCUCCACCUCGCGCAGCAGGGAUGCUAAUCUGGGAGGGAGGUGCAGGAGCUGAGGUGUCUUUAAAUAACUGUCGCUUUUUCGCAGCGCUCUUAGAAGUAGCGGAGGGAUGAUCUCGGAGUGACUGUGAUUGACGGCUUACUUGAUGCUCUGAGCUGCACUGAUGCAGUAAACUCUGCACAUCUGGUGCUUCAUGUUCAUUGAAAACACUACUACAAUCACUGUGACUUAGACGUUGGUACAAAGACAAAGGUUAGCUGUUUGGUGCACAUGCUAGGGUACAUAGAGUACUAGAAACAAACUUUGAAGCUGCAGAAAUUACAAUUCUUGAUAAUCAAAAACAUUUUGGCGCUGGUUUUGCUCAGUUGGUAGAGAGGGCACCCAAUGCCCAGACGCUAACAGUCCUCAUCGAACUGGUCGCAGGUUCGACUCCCAAUCCUGACGCUGUUUGGUGCAUGUCAUCCCCCCGUCGCUCUCUACCUAUCUAGCCAAAAAACAAACAAAAAAAAGAUUUUAAAAACCUCCAUAGAUUGCACAAAAACAAUAUUUGGAAAUCAGCACUCCACCUUUCAAUCGAGGCCCUGAAGUUCAGAAAGACAUUUCCAUCUUGGCACCAUGUUAUCACCUUCUUUGCACAGUUUAUAUUUUCGUGCAUACAAAAUAUAGAAAUAUUUUUUUAAACUUUGUGCAAACGUCUUGUCUUUCGACUCAAAAUGCUUUCAGAGGUUAGAUUGAAUUCUUGCUGAGUGAUUUCCUUCUGCUCAAUCUGGAUGGAUCUGAAUGGGAUUCUUGUGAUGUUAAAGUUGUAGCAUGUGCAUCAAACAAAGAUUUGUCUGCUCAAAAAACAAACUUCGAGCUACAAAUUGGGUAUUUUGUAGAGUAGUCAACCGUUGCUUCGCUUGAGUUACCCGAGAGCUGAAGUUCACAGCAUCAAAUAAAACCAGUGUGUCCAUUAUUUCAUGAUUUAAAGACUGACCAGUCACCAACGCUUAGUCGUAAUCACCCAAACUUUCAAUAAUCUUUUACCUCGGACAAAAUCGCCUCAUUGAUGCGUUCGUGCUCCCCCUCCCCCACCUCCCUUUUUAAAAAACAAAAUAUUCCAGUCACGACAAAGCCACAAAACCCAGAAACGCCACCAUUAAAGAAAGUGAUCUUCCUGUUAAUGAGGCUCAUAAUGGGGAGGUUAAAGCCAACAGGAGUUUUUUGAACAGUGGGGAACCCCCUUUUUUUUUUACCCCCUUAUCGCCCUCUGGAGGGUUGAGAUAAUUAAGCAUUACGUGUAAAACGUUCCCCCUAAGCAGGCCGAUGUUGUAAAUGGUCUCAUUUCAAAGCUUGAAUCCUUGAAAAUGCUGUUUAGAAAUCUAAACUCUGUGAUUUGUCUUAAAUGUACAUGAUGAACAAUUUGAGGUGUUUGUCUUUCUUCCCAUUUGGCGAACAAAGAAUUGAAUAUACGAUUAUUUUUGGCUGCAGCUGCCUGACAAACGAGACAUUUCUUUUUUUCGUUUCUUUGGAAAUUGUUUUUGUGUUAUUUCAUGCUACGGCGAAGUGUUGCUUUUGAGUUUCUUUUUUUUUUUUUUUUUUUUUUUUUAAGGCUAUGGCAAAAAAAAAAUGUUAAGAGCUAGAUUUUGGGGAAUUGACAAGAGUCCCCCUUAAUUUAUUUGAAGCAUUGUUGAAAAAUGGAAUUAUGUCGUUCAUGUGUGAUUGCCUUUCACGUUGACUUUUACCACCCGCCCAAUGUUUGAAUCCCUUGUUAUGACUGAAUGAAUUUUACACAGAAUCUGUGUUCGUUUUGGCAACGAUUCAACCUCAAAUCUGUCCUCAAUGUUUUGAUUUUUUUUCUUGUUGGGGUGGAGAGAUGAGAAAGAAAUGAGACCUACGUAAUUUAUAUAUAUAUCUAUAAAUAUAAAUAUAUAUAAUCCUCGCAGAGAAGACUUAGGGUACUGCAUCAUUAUGCAAACUUGUGUUUCCCUUUUCCUCUUUAUCUUUCGGUUUCUUUUGUAUUCUAGUUUACAGAGGGAAAAGAAUCAUCUUAUUUUUGGUUGUUUGUUAUAUCGGGGCGACCUCGUGUCUCUGAAAAACGAAGCGACACAGUGGUAGUAUUUUUUUUAAGAGUACAUAGGCAUUUUGCAGUUAUUUGUAUAAAGAAAUGGGUUACAACCUCUGCCUAAUGUUUAUUUUUUGUAACUAUAUUACAGUUUAUUUGCUGCUGUGUAGUAACAGUUGGAAAUGCUGUCGAUGGCAUAACGACGACAAUGACGACGAUGUUCGUUGCCCUGCUAUCAGACGCAGGACCUCCCCUCCCCCACCCCCCCCCCCCCCCCCCCCCCCCCCCACCCCUGCUAAUUUUUUCCCCAAAAGUUCGGAGGAUUUCAGUGGGAAAAAGCAAAUCCCACUCUACCCUGCUACCUGUGUUUUUAGUUUCCGAGUUGAAUGCUGUUGUUUAUUAGCUUUACAGGAAAGAAAAAAAUACUGUGGAGGUGUGUAUCCUUCGUAUGUGCGUUACUUUUCAGCGACGUAUGUCCUAUAUAGGAAAACGAGGAAAACAGAGUUAAAAAAAAAAACAAACAAACGAGAAAACCGUGGUGGAAAUGGAAAUCCCCCCUCCUGUAAAUAACAAAAACUCAAGUUGUCGCUUUUUUCAUGUUAUGAUGGGCGCCUCGACAGGUGCCCCCCCCCCCCCUCCCCUCUAUUUUUGUUUCAUUUCCUUCUAUUUCUUUCUCUCUCUUUUUCCUCGUGGAGGGGAAAGGGGUAGGAGGGGUACUCAGAGGCGAUUUGAGCAUCGGCAUAGUGUUUAUAUUUAUCAAAACUUUUUUGCUUUCGAUAGAGCUAUUGCAAUAAAAAUGUGUUCAUGUA